AUGCCCAAGGAGCGGCCGCUCUGGCGGGGCCCGGCCUUCCGCCUCUGCCUGCUCUCGGCUGCGCUCUUCCUCUGCCUCCAGCUGGGCAUGAGGCGAACCUGGUGCCCGGAGGAGAAGCCCCAGGGGCCGGCGGCGGCGGCGGCGGCGGGGCGGGCGCCCCCCCCGGCCCGCGGCACGGAGCAGCACCCGGGCGCGGCGGCGGCGGCGGCGGCGGCGGCGGGCAGGCGGCGGGUCACCUACGUGCGGAGCAGCCGGCGGGGGAGCGCCGCGCCCGGCUGCUGCCCCCUGCAGCCCCCGGGCGGUAGCCGCAGGAAGACUGGAAGAUGGCACAUUGAACUACAGCCAUGGGCAAGUCCAACGCCUUCCCUCAACUACGAGGCCUUGAGGUUCCUGAAGUACAUUAGCACUUCUCAGAUUUCAUGUGAACACAUGAACCUGAACAGCCUGAGAGGGUACUCUGAAACCGCAAAGAAGCCCUGGUCGCUCUGUCUUGACGAGAGGUUUAGCCUCAUUCAUCGAAUCAGAAGCAAGCAAUGCCGUCUCUAUUCCCUUGGGCUAGGCAACGAUGACAACCAGUUUGAGGUCAGCAUGGCCAACAGUGGAUGUGAGGUGCAUCGCUUUGACCCUAGCAUCAAGUCAGCCCACGUUCAGGAGGGUCGGCACCUCUGGUAUCAUCGCCUGUCCAUUGACUGGAGGGAUCCCAAUCCAGCCAUUGCUGCUCAUAAACUUCACAGCAACACGAAGAAGCUGGGCACAAUAUUGAACGAAUUUGGACAUCAGAAGAUUGAUGUCCUCAAGGCAGAUGUGGAGAGCGCUGAGUGGAAAAUUUUGGAAAACCUGAUCCUGGAAGAUGUUGUUGAGCAGAUAGGACAGCUCGUCUUUGAGGUGCACAUCCACUGGCCUGGGUUUGAGGUCAGCGGCAAUGACAGCACCGUCGUGCGGUACUGGUACAGUCUGCUCCGAGAACUGGAGCUGAAGGACUUCAGGCUUUUCCAUACCUACAAAGACUUAUCAAAACCACAGAUGUUUCUGAAAAAGGAAGCUUUCAAUGCCAGUAGCUGUUACACACUGAGCUGGGUAAAUACAAGAUGGAAAUAGCAGAAAGGAAUUUAUGAUGUGUGACUGUGAGCCAUCUGGCCCCAUAGCGUUAUUGAAGAGGACUUUGGCGUCACUGGCUAAAGUUGCUAAAUAUGCACACAGUGACUGCUAACAAAAUGGACUGGCUUUUAUUUUUAUAUGUUGUCAAAAGAACUGGCACAAGGAGAAGAUACAUGGUGCAAAUUUGUAUAGCAAUAUAUUUGCCAGCGGGUACACUGUCUCAGAGGACAGAGGUUUCUGUAAAGGUUUGUCUGGAGAGGCUGUUAAGCACAGCUUUCCUAGGCUGCCCCGUGCCUGAGUGUGCCAGCACAGAGGGCAUCCUUCUGGGGCUGCCCCGGGAAGCUCUGCUCACUGAGCUGCGCUGGCCCUCAGGCAGGAGAGUGCUUGUGAGGAGGUGCCUUUCUCAGGAAGGGUCAAGUGUUACUUCUCUGUAAAGCCAUCGUCUUUGAUUUGCACCUUCUUUACUUUGGCCUUGUUUCCUAUGGAACAAAUUUUAGGCAAGAACAAUAUGUUCUUGAACCCACUGGCAAAUUUCAGCUGAAUUUGGCAGAGGCAGAAAUCACCACCAAACUAAAUUCCUACCUGUUUCAUUGAGCAGCUUCUGAGUGCUCUGACUUUGGCUCUUUAAGGCAGUCUGGCUGUGGGAAGCGGGUUCAGCACUUUUGACAUAGGAGAUUGUGGGACAGAGAGACUCAGCUGCUGGAAAAGCUGCCACCAGCACUCCCCCUCCUCACCCUCCAGAGGCUUCAGCCACAGCAGACGGGGCUUCCCUAGUUCAUCUGCUCAAAGAACAGCUUGUUUUAAAUUACUCUUGCAAUGGCUGUAGCAAAUGGUUUUUCAUCUAGCGAGAUACUUAUUUAAAAGAGCUGAAAGUGAAACCUGGUCUUUUUCGUUGUUUUGUUUUGGGGUUUAGUUGAGUAUUUUGCUGCGCGCCUUCUCCAGCGCUGGGCCUGGAUGCCUGCUACCUCCUCACCACCUCCCUGGUCUGGCCACCUCUCCCUGACAUGAGGAGGCCAGACCCUGGGUCUGCACCGAUGCUGGCAGAGGUGGUGGCACAGGCAGGUGCCCUGGUCUGCAGCCAUGCUGGGGCUCUGCAGGCUGGCAUGCGGGUUGUCUGCAGCGCACUCCCAGAAGCCAGCCUUGGCCGUUCCCUGAGGAGCUAAGGAAUGGGGGGAAGCUAAAAAAUAUAUAGCAGUUUGGGUUUUUUCCUCUCUCUAAAAGAAUUUUGACAUUAAACUUUGCAUUAAAA